AUGGGUCACCCCGGACACAUCGGUAACAGCGCCUUCUACGCAGCUGGCGACCAGCGCAACCCUCCCAAGACCGAGACUCAGCACCGUGCUCCUUACGAAGAGGGCCAGAAACAUAGCCACCAGAACAUCGACUCGAAGGACGACCGUUCCAUCGCCAACAGACUCGCUGCCCAGUCAAGAAGUGAUGAACCCUCAACUGCCUCUGGUUCUCACUAUGACCCCGAGGCGGAAUUGAGCAAGAAGAACCCCACUGCUCCUGCAGUUCACCACGGCCACGAACCCUCCAAGGGAGCCAAGAUUGACCGGGAGUUGCAGAUGGAAGACGAGCAGAGAUUGCACGAGAAGGGUAUCAAAUAA